UGACAUGUGCGCACAUGCUUUUCAGUGUUGCUCAAAUGGCUCCUGCAAAGAAAGGUGGUGAGAAGAAGAAGGGACGAUCGGCCAUCAAUGAGGUGGUAACUAGGGAGUAUACGAUCAACAUUCACAAACGGAUCCAUGGAGUGGGCUUCAAGAAACGAGCACCGCGUGCUCUGAAAGAAAUCCGAAAAUUUGCAAUGAAGGAGAUGGGUACUCCUGACGUUCGCAUCGACACCAGAUUGAACAAAGCAGUUUGGGCUAAAGGAAUAAGGAAUGUUCCUUACCGUAUCCGCGUGCGUUUGUCCAGAAAACGCAAUGAGGAUGAAGAUUCACCAAACAAGCUGUACACUCUGGUUACCUAUGUACCAGUCACAACAUUCAAAGGUCUACAGACAGUCAAUGUGGAUGAAAAUUAAACUUGAUUUUCAUUACAAUAAAAUUGUAAAAACAG